AUGCUCGAUGACUCGGAGGACGAGUGGCAGGACAUGCCCAUCGAGCGUGUCGGAGGGGGCGGCACGCUUAUGAGCCCGUCACACAUGCCGCUGGGAUCCACUUCGUUGCUGGACGACAGCGACGAUGACGAACAUGCCACAGGCUCACCCCGGACGCAGCGCGCGAUCCGCGAGGCGCAGGCGAUGCGUCGGCGGCAUGAGCACCUCCGUGGGCGCCGCACAGCGGCGCAGGGAGGCACAUCGAAUGUUGUCGGUGAGCACCUCGACGUGCACGACGUGCGUGGCUAUGACUGGCGCACGCGUCCUGAUCAUGCAGGGCCUAGCCAGGCGGCGCCCGAUACAGAGGGAUACACGCAGCUGCGUCUGGACGAGGACGAGGAAGAGUAUGAGCUGCAGGUAGCGACUGACUACCUGUUUCAGGAAGACCUGAACCGCAUUGGCGAGCAUGAAGACGAUCCUGCGGCGGCGCCCAUCUCGCAGCUAGCACUGACGAAGCGGCUCCUCUCGGAGCCCCAAAAAAUUGCCUAUGUGGGUCUCUGCAGCACACUCUCGCACGAGAUGCUGGCAGAGACAGAACGGUUGCCGAUGAAGGACCGCCAGGCCGCGGUCCAGAGCGGCAAAGAGUGGGCACUUCGCGUAAUGAUCCGUCUGUAUCAGCACCUGGAUAUUGAACCGACAGGCACGUCUCGCUGGCUCACCGCAGAACAAGCAAUGAUCGAGUCGCUGUCUCAGCAUGGUAUACGGCCGACGGAUCUGGCGCCUAGCCUCGUAGCGACGCAUACGAUUCCGAACCCAUCGUACAAUCCCCGACACGCCAAGGCAGUGGCCCGUGAAGCGCCGCCUUCUGACAAGGCGCCACCCACACCUCCAAAAGUCGAUGCGGUGCCUACUUCUUCACCACCGCCGGCCCCUGAACCGGUGGCCCCGGUGCUCACGGAUCCGAAUUCAGCGGCGCAGACGGCCGAGGCACACUCGGAGCCACCGUCUGGCACGCUGCCAUCGGUCACGCAAGCCUCGCUCGACGCGGUGCCGCAGGGUCCAGGUCAUUCGCAUGUCCCGGGCCCGACGCCCACCCUCGAGGGCGUCACCACCGAGAUUAGCGACACACUCAAGACCAUCACACUCGAUAUCCGCUGGACCGUGUUGUGUGAUCUCUUUCUUGUUCUCACGGCCGAUAGCGUGUAUGAUGCGCGCUCGCGUGUGCUGCUCGAGCGCCUAUCCGAGUGCCUGGGUCUUACAUGGAUGGAUGUGACCAAGUUUGAGAAACGCAUCACGGAUAGUUUGGCGAUCGAGGAGGACGUCUCUAAGCUGGACGACCCUGCCAUCACCAAGCAGCGGGAGCGCCUAUCGCGCCAUCGGCGCAUGGUCAUGAUGGGCCUCGCGACGCUCGGCGGUGGCCUGGUCAUUGGCCUCUCAGCUGGCCUACUGGCGCCCGUGAUUGGCGCAGGUAUUGGCGCGGCGCUCGGCGCCGUCGGGAUCAGCGGCACAUCCGCCUUCCUUGGUGGCGUUGGCGGCGCUACAAUCAUCACUACGACGGGCACACUUAGUGGCGCGACGAUGGGCGGGCGCGGCAUGAGCCGGCGCGUCAAGAGCGUCCGCACGUUCGAGUUCCGCCCUCUGCACUACCACAAGCGUGUGAACUGCAUCAUUACUGUGCCUGGGUUCCUCAAAGGGCCUGACGACGAUCCGACGCUACCCUACAGUGUGAUUGAUCCCGUCAUGGGCGACGCUUUUAGCAUUAUGUGGGAGCCUGACAUGAUGCGCGAUAUGGGCAAUGCCAUGUCGAUCCUGUGGAACGAGACGCUUGUGCAGGGUGUGCAGCAGGUGCUCGCUGCCACCGUGGCCGGCGCGAUGUUUAGCGCGCUUGCCUGGCCGCUCUGGCUGACCAAGCUCAACUACCUCAUUGACAACCCGUGGUCCAAUGCGACGGAGCGCGCACGCACCGCGGGUCUCAUUCUCGCCGACACGCUCAUUCACCGCCAGCUAGGCGUGCGGCCUAUUACGCUCGUGGGAUACAGCCUUGGUGCGCGCAUGAUCUUCUAUGCACUUCUUGAGCUGGCGCAUCGAAAGGCGUUUGGUAUCGUGCAAAAUGUCUACUUGAUGGGCGCGCCCAUCACGGUGCGCGAGCAAGAAUGGGGCCUCGCUCGCAGCACCGUGUCGGGCCGCUUUGUAAAUGCGUACUCCCGGUCCGACUGGCUUCUCGCGUACUUGCAUCGCGCUACGGCUGGUGGUGUGCGCAGCAUUGCCGGCCUGCAUCCUGUGACGUACGACUGUCGCAUUGAGAAUGUGGACGUGACACAUUUGGUGCCAGGGCACCUCGCCUAUCGCGCUCUGACCCCGCUCGUACUGGGCGAGCUGGGCUUCAAGACGACCGCCGACUACUUCGAUGAGCCUGAGUCACUUGCAAAUGUGCCCGAACGCGAGCAGGUCACGCCAGUGGAAGCACCGCCGCCGCCCAAGAGUGGCGUGCUCCCGUUUCGCCACCUGUUCCAGCGCAAGACCCAAUCACCAGCGCCUCCAGCCAAUGACGACCCACUGAAGCGCCCACCGGCCCAGCCAGCGGACGACGACCAGCCAGAGCGUUUGCCGGAGACGCCUGUGCCCCCACUGACUGAGACUGUUCAAGGCAUGGAGGCUGCAUCAGCCGAGACGCCGGCCUCCGACGCCGAUGCUCCAGCUGAGAUGGCUGAGCCAGAGACCAGUGCGCCAGCUGAGGUGCCUGAUCCCGAGAGCCGUGCGCCAGCUGAAGCGCCCGAGCCUAGCGUCCCGACCGACGCGCCUGAGCCCAGUGCGACGUUGGCGCCUGACGCGACCGAUGCCCCCAGCCAAAGCACCCAAGACCCGUGUUCAUGUGAGGCGACGGGCGAGUUGGCCCGCGCCGCCUCAUCAGGUCCUAUACCCUCUCGCGACGCGCCUGCUCCGCCUGAACGCUCGUACGCACAGUAUGGACUCUCCUCGGACGAGGCAGCGCAGCUCGCACAGGAGUUCCAGCACGUAUCGCUCGUAUCGCCGCGACCGCUCGAUGGACAAGAAAAGGCUGCUCUGCCCGGCGCCCCAGACCUGCCUCCCUGGGCCGCUGACAAUCCUUGGUAG